UGUGAACUGUUUGUAAUUGAUAUCACGUUUUGUGUGAAAUAUUUGACAAAACAUUUAGUUUUCAAUAAAAUUGAUUUUUUAUUGAAAUUGUAUUCAAAUUGAAUUGAUUUUGAAUUUGUUUGGAUUGGAUGUCAUGUCUCCCCAACUGAAGAGCAAAACCAAACGAGACGAUAGACGAAGAAAGAGUUCCAGUGGUAGCAGUGGAUCGAGUCGUAGUCGAAGUGCUUCAAGAAGCAGUUCCAGUGGUUCAUCGUCUCGUUCUUCAAGUUCAGGAUCUUCUCGUUCAUCUGCAUCACACUCAAGAUCUCGUUCGCCGUCGCGUUCGAGCAGCUCUUCGCGAUCUCGCGCCUCAUCUUCGCACAGACGUCGAGGUCGGUCUCCGUCACCAAAACGAGUUCGUAAGCCCUCACCAUCUCCACGACCGACACGAGUCCACAUCGGAAGACUCACAAGAAAUGUUACUAAAGAUCAUGUGUUGGAAAUAUUCAGUGUUUAUGGAACCGUAAGAACCGUUGAAAUGCCAAUCGAUCGCAUUCAUCCACAUCUUAGUCGAGGAUUUGCUUACGUUGACUAUGAAAAAGGCGAAGACGCGGACAAAGCAAUUAAAUAUAUGGACGGCGGACAGGUUGACGGCCAAGAAGUGAGUGCUACUUUGGUUCUUCUUCCGAAGCGACCAUUUACAGGCCCGCCUCCCCGUCGCGGUCCUCCACCUAAUUGGCGCAGACCUUCGCCACCUCGAGGAAGACGCGGAAGAUCUCCACCGAGAUAUAGGUCUCCCCCUCGCCGUCGCUCUCGAAGCAAAUCUCGAUCUCCUCGCAGAAGACGAGCUUCGAGUUCACGCUCUUCUUCGCGUUAAAUCUUAAAUGUAUUCAUUUUAAUGAUAAACAGUAAUACUAUAUAUUCACAUAUA